AUGAAUAUAGACUUUUCUUCAGAUUCUCGCACCACUGCUCCAACAGGGAAUAUCUCUUCACCACCCACAAAUGCAUCACAGCCACGCUCAGCUGGUUUUGGAUCGUCAGGGAUCUUUAAUCCCAGUCAAGCUGAUACACGGGAACAGGAUACAGGCAGAUCGAUCUGGUCUGCCGCAUAUUACCAAAGAUUCUUUGACGUCGACACUUCUCAGGUCAUGGAACGCCUCUUUGCAAGUGUUGUACCAAAGGACAAUUUUUUGGAAGUGAUGGGUGGUAGUCCCGAUCUCUAUGGACCUUUCUGGGUCGCAACGACAGUCAUUUUUGUGUUAUUUGUCACCGGGUCAAUCGUGGAUUCAAUUAAUGCUUACCUUAGCGGAGCUACUUACUCCUACGAUAUUUUUCAGAUGACUUUUGCAUUCGGCACUAUCUAUACUUACGCAUUCUUAGUUCCACUUAUGGUCUGGGGAGCAACGAAGUACUUUGGCUGUCAACCAGAUCUCUUGGAAAUGCUGGCGCUAUAUGGAUAUGCGCUCACAAUUUGGAUCCCUGUUUCAAUCCUGUCAGUAAUCCCAAUUGAGCUGGCUCGAUGGAUCUUGUUAGGCAUUGGAGCAGGUCUAUCGGGAGUGUUCUUGAUCAGGAACAUGUACCCAGUACUGUCCAGAGCCGAGGCACAGAUCGCCAAAAUCAUCUUGAUUCUGGUCAUUAUCUUUCACGGUGUUCUAGCUUUGCUCUUGAAAUAUAGAUUCUUUGCAUACAAUGUUAGCAUUGCACCACCUGGUACUCCUGCACCCGAGCCUUCACCUUCACCUUUACCUUCACCUUUACCUUCACCUUCACCGACGCCCUCACCUUCAGCUUAA